UCGCCUUAUUUGACCCUGACAGCACGCCGUAGUCAUUGGGAAAACAUGGCAUCUCACGCAAGUAAGGCAUUUCUGUCCCUAGGUCGAAUUAAUCUUUCUGGUGUUGGACUUCACAAAUCACUGAGCAGAGCCACAUACGCGACUGGGUUACCUACACAUUCUGGUGGUGGAAAUAAAGGUCGUCCUGAAAGAGGCCAUGGUCAGGGAUUCGUCAAAAGACCCAGGAGAAGUUCAGGGCCGCCAAGGACAGAUAAGAUGGCGGUGGAUCAGGACUGGAGUUCUGUUUACCCCACAGCCACCCCCUUCAGACCGAGCACUGUCCCCCUGCCGGUGCGGAUGGGCUAUCCCAUGAAGGGAGGCGUUCCUCCAGAAAAGAAGGGCAACUUGGAACUGAUCAAGAUUCCCAAUUUUCUGCAUUUGACACCAGUGGCGAUCAGGAAACACUGUGAAGCUCUGAAAUCGUUCUGUACAGAGUGGCCCUCUGCCUUGGACACUGACGCCAAGUGUGACGAGCACUUCCCCAUCAAAGUGGAAAGCACAGACUACAUAUCCGCAGGCCCGUCUCUCAGAAACCCUUCAGCUCGGGUGGUUCAUCUCAAAGUAAAACUAUCCAGUCUAAAUCUGGAUGACCAUGCACGCAAGAAGAUGCUCAAACUUGUUGGAGAGAGAUACUGCAAAGACACCGAUAUCCUCUCCCUCACAGCUGAUCGCUGCCCAUUGAGGAAGCAGAAUCAGGAGUAUGCCAUGUACCUGCUAACUGUGCUUUACCACGAGUCCUGGAAAACCGAGGCCUGGGAGGCUGAGAAGACCGUGGCCGACAUGGAGGAGUACAGCUGGGAAGAAAGCCCGUCCCAAAAGAACAUCUUAAGCAUGUUGGUACGCAUGAAAGUGGCCGGAGAAGGAGAGGACGAGGAAGUACGAGAGCAGCUGCUGGGGAAAAAAGAGGUUCAGGAGUACAAGGACUCUGUCACGAGGCUGAUGAAUGAAGGAGAGAGCGAGAUCACCAUUCUGCAGUACAAACAGGCUGUGAAGAAAGUACUCAACCUGUAAUACAGCUUUAUGUACAAAUGUAACUACGUGAACAUGGUGGAAAUAAGCAGCAGGGACCACAAAAAAACAUUAAGUACUUGGGGCCUCGUGUCAUUUUGGAUUCCAUCUAUGUACAAGUAACACAAACGAGAUUACUGUAGGUAUUUACUGCUCAAAUAUAUAUCAGGAUAUAACAUCUUUAAAGGGUCUCAACUAAUGUAUUUAUUUUCCAAAACACUGUCUAAUCGGGUGUAUGAUGCUGUCUUUAUUACAAAAAAAUGAAACCCUAAUGUAAGCGGUUAUUAAGUGUUCCGUCUGUGUGAUGAUUAAAGCCUUCUCUGUCAUGAAA